AAAGCUUUCAGUCCGCUUCGGAGCGGCAGGGCGCGCGGAUGUGUGAAUACGCCGCCCAGUACUUCGCCGCGUAUUUUACAACGUUCGUGCGGACGUAAAUUUAUUUCGAAUGCCAAUAUGGGUGCCAUUGCCGCUACAGUGUUACGUUUGAUAUGUGCUUAAUACUUAUGCGUCGGCAAUGUACUUUUUUAUUGUACUCUAAUUAAAUUUCUUAACGAUCGGUCGAUCGUAAGUGGAUGGAUGGUGUGAUGGAUUCGAUGUAAAAAGUUUAUUUUCGUCGCGUGAUUAAAGCAUACACAUAUUAAUGCACCUGACUCCCAAUAUUUAGCCAAAUUCCAAACAAAAUAUGUCUGUUUAUGUAGUGUUUAGUUAGAACACACUUAGAUUUUAACCCGUCGGUCCAAUCUAGUGACUUAAAUUAGAAACCUGUAAUAUCAAAAAUAUAUCAACAUAUACUUCAUAUCCUAUACCAACUUUUAGAACAUUGUAAAUAUUUUUAAAGACUUUUAUGUAUCAAUAUUCUUCUGGUGUGUGGACCAAAGAUUAUAAACGAUAUCAACUUAAAGAAACACUAUUACUGACUACCAAGUAAGCGAAUAAAACAGUGUUUAGUGUAAAUAAUAGUUCAUAAGAGAAUAUAUCAAGUAUCAAAAUUGAAAAUCCGAAAACUCAAGAGUUCAGUUGAGUUUAUCGACUACAACGAAAAUUAAUUGAUAUUGAUUUUCUACGAACACAAGGUAAAUAGUACCUACAUACCUGCUUCUUUAUUGCCGAUGCUUCGAUGUGGAUUGCACCAUGUCAUGGUCAUGACAGGACUGAAGUAAGCGGCAUCUUCGUUUGGCAGCUCGCGGAGUCUUUUCGGAUUAUACAAGAUGUCGGCCCCGACUACUGAUAGCACAGAAGCUAUUACAAACUCUGGAUAUGGGAGCAGCGAUGAGACUGCCAGUCUCAUAGUAUCAGGACCAUCAGUGACUGUUAUUGUCCCUUCCGAGAAUCGAAGCGUUAAACCAGUAUUACAAAGACAAGACUGUACUACUCAUUUACGGCCUCAACUUUCGGGCGGCCCCGGCAGUGAAGAAAGUGCUGCUUCUAUUAGAUUAGAAGACGCUGCUGCAAGAAGUGUUCCGGAUAUAGAACUUCAGUGUCGUGACCAAGCUGACCGCCCACAGACACUUGUGUCGCCUGUCGCGACAUGCUCUCACAGGGGGUCAGUGACCGCCUGCCAAUUAGUUCCACACACAUACUCUAGAUGUCGCGUUUGUGAAAGAAGGCAGUCCACAGCGCCCAUAUCGGCGCUGCAACUAGCGCGAUCUGUUUCACGGGAAAGUGUUCGCUCAGCAGUUCACUACACUUGCGGGUGUAGUUCACUUCACGCUGUUAGCACUUGUCCCGUAAUACAACCCCCAGCCUUAUUGCUACCAGCAACAAGUUCUAGAAUUAUCCGACAGAGUUCGCAACCGGAGUCUAACGCAUGCGCGGCUCACUGUCCUCACCACGCCCACCAUCACCCCAGCGCCUCAUUGCGUCAAUUGAGGGAACCAGGAGAUGGCAUAGCCGGCAUCGCAGCAGACUCUCUUCGUAUCAAUGGAGGAAUGCGACCUUUCAAACAGGGGCUGCUUCUCUGUCCACAAACCCUGUCGCAGACCCGCCGAGCACGACUGAGACGUGCAUUCACUGAAGCUACGGGAGAUACUGUUACCUACGUUAAGACGGCCUGUACUACUCGGGAUCAGAUGACACAGCUGCGCAAGCCGGUGUCGACCCUGUCGAUUCCCGGCGCGAUGAAGGCGUACUCCGGGGGUGGGAGGGACGCUGCUACCGAGGAAGCGGGCGUCGCGCUCGUUGGAGUGCACAGCGAGUACCCACGCUUUGGAGAAGAGAGGGCGCUCGGCGGUGGCACGUACAAAGGUGGAGGGGCAGCUAAGCACAAACCUAAUAUAGGAUAUAGACUAGGUAGAAGAAAGGCGUUAUUUGAAAAAAGAAAACGAAUAAGUGACUACGCCUUAGUAAUGGGAAUGUUUGGUAUAAUAAUAAUGGUUAUAGAAAACGAACUUUCAAGUGCUGGUGUUUAUACUAAGGCAUCCAUAUAUUCGCAAGCGUUAAAGACGCUUAUAUCAAUGUCGACUGUGAUUUUACUUGGCCUAAUCGUCGCUUAUCACGCUUUAGAAGUACAGUUAUUUAUGAUAGACAACUGCGCCGAUGACUGGAGGAUAGCAAUGACAUGGCAGCGGAUAGCACAAAUUGCUUUAGAACUCGCUAUCUGUGCUGUCCACCCUAUCCCUGGGCAGUAUACCUUCACUUGGACCACAAAAUUAGCCAACAAGGGUGGUGUUAUAGGCGUAGAAGUUGCCACAAUGUAUAAGCAAAUUCAGGUUCCCUACGAUGUUACGCUAUCUUUGCCGAUGUUCUUUCGGCUUUAUCUCAUAUGCAGGGUUAUGCUACUCCACAGUAAACUGUUCACAGAUGCUUCUUCGAGAAGUAUAGGAGCUUUAAACAGAAUUAAUUUUAAUACUAGAUUUGUCUUAAAAACGCUUAUGACAAUUUGCCCUGGCACCGUGUUACUUGUUUUUAUGGUGUCUUUAUGGAUAAUUGCGAGCUGGACUUUAAGACAAUGUGAAAGGUUUCACGACGAAGAACACGCUAACCUACUGAAUGCAAUGUGGCUUAUUGCAAUUACGUUUCUCUCCGUCGGUUUUGGUGACAUUGUGCCAAACACAUAUUGCGGCAGAGGUAUUGCUGUUAGCACCGGCAUUAUGGGGGCGGGAUGUACAGCAUUAUUAGUGACGGUUGCUUCGAGAAAAUUAGAAUUGACUAGAGCGGAGAAACAUGUGCAUAACUUCAUGAUGGAAACACAACUCACAAAAAAGCUGAAAAAUGCCGCGGCUAAUGUACUACGAGAAACGUGGUUAAUAUAUAAACAUACAAGAUUAGUGAAAAGGGUUCACCCUGGACGUGUUAGAACACAUCAAAGAAAAUUCUUGUUAGCUAUUUAUGCAUUACGAAAAGUGAAAAUGGAUCAACGGAAAUUAAUGGAUAAUGCCAAUACAAUCACAGAUAUGGCAAAGGACCCCUUUUUAUUUCAGACGCAGAAUACGGUGUACGAGAUCGUUUCAGAUAUGAGCACAAGACAAGAUACUAUAGAGGAGAGGUUGACUAGUUUAGAAGAAAAACUCACUUCUUUGCAGGAACAAGUAAACACAUUACCAGAUGUAGUAGCUCGAUGUCUUCAGCAAUGUUGGGAACGCGCUGAACAAAGAAGAAACUUUCUACAUCCUGACACCGCUGCUGUACCUACACCGCCUUCAUCUUCAAUAGCUCCAUAUUCCAGAACAAUAGCAUCGUCAUCACAUCCUUGGCCACCGAGUCCAAUACUUCAACCAGCUGCGCGGACACAUUCAGCUCCCGAAAGUACAACCGCUCACACACCAUCACCUGCACAACCACAGCCAUCAAGCCCAGCUCCUCACGCGUCUCGGCCUCCUCUACCUAGCUGAGUACCGCCUUCCAACUCCGAACUCCUGUGCUGAACUCGACGAAACUCGGCGCCCGUCCUCUGACCCCCCCUUUAUCACGACUACGCCCCAAUUAGGCUGCCGGUAAAAUUGUUUCACUACGAAGCAGAUGUAAACCUCUCGAAUGAUUAAUACUAAGUUACAAUCGAAUUUACUAAUGAUUAGCUGAUCGAUAUUAGAACCGCUCUGAAUGAUUCAGUGAUCGAUAGAACCAAACAUUAAUAUUAUAUUCACCUAUUAAUUUUCUUUCAUUUAUUUAAUAUCGAGCGGUUCUGGUAUCUUUAUCAAACGAUGCCAACAAUUUUUAGUUACGGAGUGAAUGAGGAAAGUGAAAUGAUUUUUCCGAUAUGCCGAAGGACCACGCCGCGGAGCGAGACAAGGUCAGCCGUAGUUUUCUUCGCUGUUCCCCAGUUUCGGAUGUGCCAGACUGUUCUCUAGUGAUAUUGUUAGAUAGUGAAUGAAAUGCGGCGGAACGGACUUGCUGUUGUGAUUAUACAAAAUGCUUUAUUGAUAGACGCUAUAGGUAAUACGUUAGAUCAUAUUUUGAAUACAUUAUCAACAUUAGUGUAGUUAGAUGAGCAUUACACGUCUGAUCACGUUUUUUCUGAAGUUCAAGGAACCAAUACACUGUUUUAUAACUUCGUGUGUUUUUACUAAGGUUUAUUGAGAAUAAAUACAUUUGCCAGUUAUUCUGUUACUUUAAAUUUAUAAAAGAAGCAAGAUGUUCCUUCUUUCAUAGAUUUUGGGAUGUUACAGAAAUAGGACAUAGUUCAUAUAACUAUGUAGAUACUAGAACUUUGACAUAGUUUUUUCUUAGAAAAAUAUUUGUUGGCCAGUUACAGAUCACAAGUCAUAGACUAGUAAUGCAUUUAUUACAAUAAAAAAAUCGAGUAUUAUAUUAUGAAACUAUCUAAAAAAAUAUUAGAUGUUGUUACUGAUUUUGGUUCAUUGUUUAAACGUUUACACACAAAGUAAUAAAAUAAUUUUACUUUAACUAUACCUAAUAUUACUAAAAAGAUUAUGUUUUAGAAUUUUAAAACUAUUGAGCUGUUAUUGGUUGAUAAGAAUCUGAAUCUGAAUAGAAUAAAAGUAAAAUAUUGAAGCAGCAUUGAUAACUAUUAAUUUAUUGUUUACCAGAUAACUUUACAGAUCAAACUUUUGGUGAAAGUUUAUGCAUUUAGGAUUUGAUUUUAUGACACGCAUUGUAUGAAUCUGUAUACACUUUGUUUAGUAUAUAGGUAAUAAUUAAAUUGUUACUACCUGCCUAUUGACAUGUAGAUGUAAACAUUUUAUAAGACUAGAUUAAGUAAAGCUUUGUAUAAGACAUAAGAUUGAUGGCUGUCUAAAUAGUGCCUAAAACACUACGAAAAAUUUCGAUAAUUCAGUUUUAUUAUCCUAAUAACUUAUGAAAAUGUAAAUAGGUAAACUAAAAUUUGAGAGCAUAAUAUUUAGUAAAUAUCUGAAUUUUGUAGUUGUACGAGAACGCAUGAUGGGAUCAAUUUAUUUGUAUAAUUUUAUUUUAUGGUAGUAUCUCUUAUUUAUUUCCUCCUCUUAUCUAAGUUAUUCUUCUCUAGUUAUUAUAAAUUGGUGAAGUAUAAAUGAGUUUUAAAUAAUAUGUUCAUCUUUUAUACUCGGUUUAGUAUUGCACACGAGUCACCUUCUUAAAUGAAAUAAACAGGAUAGCAUACGAGUAUUUCAUCAAUACAAAGACACGUAUAUGGUAAUUAAAUUAUUAUAUUUUUCUUAAUAGGUAUGUUAUUACUACAUUUUAUAAUAUUGGUUUUUAACGUUCACAUAGUUGAUUCAUUAUUAUUGAAAAUAAAAGUUGUAAUUUCACAUAAAAUAUUUUAGUGGAUAGCGACAACGAGUAUCCUUUAACGUUAGAAAAAUAUGCAUUCAUUGAAAUAGAGAUAAUAAAUUUAAAAUUUUAUGAGAUUAAGUUAGUAUUUCACUAUAUUUGUGAUUAUAUUAUAUUUCUUAUUUAUACCUAUAACUGAUUUCAAAAAUAGAGGACUGUAUAUUCCGGGAAUACCAAUAUAUAUUUUAAUACGUUUGCUUCGAUAUCUGCAAGAUUUUUGAGCCACAUUACAUUAAAACAUCCAUAUAUUUAAACUGGUUGCAAUAGUAUCAAUUGAUACCUUAAUUUUUAUAUAUAACAGAAUUAAAAUAUUAGUUAUUGCUGUUGCUAACAUAUCUGUUACUGAGCAAUCUAAUCUAAUUAGCAAUCUAAUUACUGAGAAAAUUAUUGGAUAAUAAUAAAAUGAAACUUAAACUACUUGUAUUGGUAUUGAAUAAACCCCCUGAAAGUACAUUUACAUAUAUCAGUAAAACCAUUAGUAGUAAAAUAUAUGUUGUAUGGAAUUGAAAUCAGCUUAAUUUGCAUUACGAAACUGGUUGAAUGCAUUUCUUUAAGGUACGUUUAAUAUCUAUAUUUUAUAUAAUUAUUAAAUGUACCUUAAAGUGAAAGUUUUUGAGAUAAUUUUUUCAUAAAAAUAAUGAAAUAAGCUUUUGCUACCAAUUUCGAAAUGUAAAUUAGGCUUUAUGUAAUCAUAUUUCAUUUCUUUUUCUACUAGCAAUAUUGCUAUUUGAAAUGUACUUUCCCUAAAGGGCCUGAUAUAGAUUUAAAAUUAAUAAAAACACAAGUAACAAAUUUUUUGUUAGGUAGCUGAAUAUUCGGCGCAUACAUUAUUUAAAUGCUAACAAAAAAUUGCAAUGAGCAAUUCUUUUUUUUAUAAAUGUUACUUCUUUUUCUAAAAAUGAUUGUGAAUUUAAAAAAAAAUCUAGGAUUAUUUUUAAAUAAAAUGGAAAAUUAUUAGUAACUAUUUCGAUUUUUUUAUUUUUAUUUAAUUUCGUAUAUGAUUUAUCAGAAUUCACCCUACAAAGGGAUAUUUUAUUUAUAGAUCUAUAGUUAUUAUUUAUCUAGAAUAAAAAAAAAACAUAGAUAAGAUAUAAAGUAUUUACUCCUAUAUUUUAAAUCGUUCGUAUUCAAAACACCAACUAGCAUAUUAUUAGACAUACGAUCGAUAGAUUAACGUUUAUUCUUCAAUAUAUCUAUGAAAGAAAGUACCUUACCUUAUCCCUUUUAAACUUUCCUACUAUUAAUAUUUGAUAACAGUGUUUUAAACUUUUUACUCCCUAGUAUUUUUAACUACCUCGAAUUUUUACACGUCAUAGGUACACGUCUAUCAACAAUAUGGACCAACACAGACCUGGGACUUUAUAAACUUAUGGCUGUACAUAUGUACAGUAACUCUAUGUGUACUAUUUAAACAAAAACAAACUUCAAGAAUAGUCCCUCGUCUAUAAAGGUCCUAGUAAUUUAGUAAUAACUGCCACUUUCAAUAUUAUUUCGAAAAAUAUAAAUAUUAAUACAUAAAGUAUUUUGAAAAUAUACUACCUGCAAGCCUCUGAAGCAAAGACUCGGAACAGAACUUAAAAAAAAACGAUCUAUCGUAAUUAAUUCACAAUAUGAAGAAGUUACGAUUAAUUAUUAUGUUUAGUAUAAAUACGUAGUACAUAAUUUUCACUUGCACAAUUUAAUGCUUGUUUGAAAACUGCCUAUCAUUUAGAUAGGCAGUUUUCAUACAUAUAAAUGCAUUUACGAACCCUCGAGAUAAUUCAUUUAACUUCUUAUUAUUUUUUAAAGAAGUUUUAUGGUUUUAGAUGAUCUAAUUUUAUACAUAUAUAGUUCAGUAUUACGGAUUAAUCCAUCUCCAUCACUUCGGAGGUUUGUGGCGGUUGCCUUUAAAUAUUUAAACUUCAUUUACGUUACAAAGCUGGUUGCAUGAAAUUAGUAUUGUAUUUUUAAUUUUAUAACAGUUUUACAUGUUAGACAUUAAAUACAAUCUCCAAACAACAAUUAUAUACAAUAAGCCCAAUACCCAUAACAUCAACAACUAAUAGAUACUACUAGUUGCAAUUCCGGUAUUCCGGUACCUUCAGUUAAUAUAUUUAUUGAAGAAAAAUAAAUAAAAAUUGUUGCACAUCAAAAAUUAUCGUUGUAGUGACAUCCUAAACGCACAAUGAGUUUCUAUAUGCAUAGUGGUAUGUCUUAUCAAAAUAAAUAAUAAUGACUUAUAUUAGCCUAAUUAAACGUCCCCAACAUGAUGAGAUUUAAGAUGAUCUAGUCAUUAAUUAUAAUCGCUUUAUAGUUUAUUAUUACAUAAAUAAUAUUAUGCUUAUUUGCAAAAGUAUUUUAUCCUAACAAAUAUUGUAUAUCAUCAACUCAAACUAGUUCACAUCGUUUACAAUAAUGUAUAACAUUUACGAUGAAAAAUGUCUAUCUACGUCUUUUAUAAUACUUUUGCGAAUAUAAUAAUCUCGUAUUUUUAGCAAAAUUUCAAAUUGAUCUAUUUAUUUGUAAUAAGAAUUGACCAAAUGUUGUUUAAGAUUGAUAAAAUUGUAGAAUUUGUAAAUAAGUUAGUCGCGAAUCACUAAGACAUUGUGUACUUAUAAAAUAAUGUAAAUAACAGUUGUAUUUGUGAAUUUUAAUGUAAAUAAUUAAUUUAAUGAUAUACGGUUCCAGUAAAUUAUUUUUAAAUAAUUAUGUUCAAUUGUAUAAUGAAAUUUUAAGUUGUAUGCCAACGGAAUGUUCUAUGCGGUGCGUAACAGAAGAGAUGAAACUUUUGUGAUCAUUGUUAAUGAAAUGAAAGUGUAAUUUGGAUUAUAUGAGCUGUAGUAUUUUUUAA